CAAACCCUAAUAGAAAUGGCUCUCUCCCCAUUUUCUAAUUUUUUCCUUCUCUUCAUUUCCAUGUCUGUCUUUGCCUAUUCAGCUUUUGCUAGAGAUUUCUCAAUUGUGGGCUAUUCGCCAGAUGAUCUGACUUCCAUGGAUAAACUCACUGAUCUCUUUGAGUCUUGGAUGUCAAAACAUGGAAAAAGUUAUAGGAGUUUUGAAGAGAAGUUGCACAGAUUUGAGGUGUUUCAGGAUAAUUUGAAGCACAUUGAUGAGACAAACAAGAAGGUGAGUAGCUACUGGCUCGGAUUAAAUGAGUUUGCAGACUUGAGCCAUGAAGAAUUCAAAAGGAAGUAUUUGGGGUUGAAGAUUGAGCUGCCUAAGAGAAGAGACUCCCCUGAAGAAUUCAGCUAUAAAGAUGUUGCGGAUUUGCCAAAGUCUGUGGACUGGAGAAAGAAAGGAGCUGUUGCUCACGUUAAGAACCAAGGAGCAUGUGGUAGUUGCUGGGCAUUUUCCACAGUAGCUGCAGUUGAGGGCAUAAACCAGAUUGUGACUGGGAAUUUGACUGCUCUGUCUGAGCAAGAGUUGAUUGAUUGCGACAAACCCUUCAACAAUGGGUGCAAUGGAGGUCUAAUGGAUUACGCUUUCGCCUUCAUAAUCUCUAAUGGGGGGCUUCGCAAGGAAGAAGAUUACCCUUAUGUAAUGGAGGAAGGCACGUGUGGUGAAAAGAAGGAAGAAUUGGAGGUAGUGACAAUUAGCGGAUACCAUGAUGUACCCGAGGACAACGAGCAGAGCUUCUUGAAGGCACUAGCAAACCAGCCUCUGAGUGUGGCAAUUGAGGCUUCAAGCAGAGGCUUCCAAUUCUACAGUGGGGGUAUUUUCAAUGGGCAUUGUGGGACUGAGCUAGAUCAUGGAGUGGCAGCUGUUGGAUAUGGCACAUCCAAGGGAGUAGAUUACAUCACUGUGAAGAACUCCUGGGGACCCAAAUGGGGAGAGAAAGGCUAUAUAAGGAUGAAGAGAAACAUAGGGAAGCCUGAGGGGAUCUGUGGAAUCUACAAAAUGGCUUCCUAUCCUACUAAAAACAAGUGAUAAUUAUUCAAUGAAACCCUCCUCCAAGACUACAAGCAGGGCUUAUCUUCCUUCUUUCAGUUUCCUUUUCCUUUCCUCUUCUCUGUGUAGAUUCAAGUUUUCUACUGUCUUAUGAUUCCAAUGGGAAAGCUAAUAAUAUGACCUCUUCGGUUUAAUCUA